ACGAAUUUCAUUAAUGAAAGAUAACCAAACGACACUUUCAAACAAUUCUUAGGAAAUCUAAAAUUCCAACACAAGUACAAAUCACCUAAGAACUAGUUACAUCGCAGAUUCGAUCAACGAUCGCCUUAAUAAUAACUUCAUCCGAAGCAAGAAAAUCUGUGAGUUAACACUAAUUCGGCUCGAGAUCCACCGAUGAGUAGUUGUUUGGGUGAAAAAACUCAUAUGAUCUUCUAGAUAUAUAAUUUCGCAGACGAUGAAACCCUAAAUCUUCAAACUUUAGCACAUGAACAAACAAAGAAAAAAAACCUAAUUGAAUAAAAACCUUCAUAAAGAUGGGGUCCAUUUAUUCAAAGCAAUUAAAAAUAUUUUUGGGGCUUACCACCGAUAAAAACAUCGGUGGAAGCCCUUAUAAAUUUUUAUAAUUGAGAUCAGGAGAAAAAAGAUGAAAGAGAAGGAGAGAAAAGGAAAAGAGUGAAGGAAAACUUUCAAAAAACAGAAAAUAUCUAGCAAUAGAGGCUAGAAAAACCUUCCUAACUCUAGAGGGAACCAAAAAACCCUCCCAAAAAGAAAACCUCCUCAUUUAAUUAUCACACUAGCUUAGUAAUUAUACCAAAAAAAAAAAUUAAAAUUAAAAAUAAAAAUUAAGAUUAGAAAAAGAGGAUGCACACAUUGAUGUUGACAGUCAAAUUUUAUCUUACCUAAACUAUAUAUUGUCCACUUUUAAAUGUUGUACUCUGUCUUUAUAUGCAUAAAUACGAAGUAUAAAAUAGUACUCCAUUUUUUUUGGUGUAGGAAUUAGGAAAAUAGAUUAUCGUCCAUUUUGCGAAUUUUUUUAAAUAAAAAUACGAAUAAUAAUUAAUUCUUUAUAAUAAAAUAUUGUAUUUACUAGCACAAAUUAAAUUAGUUAGGACCCCCAUGAAAUUGAUUAUUGGGCAAUAAAAUUGAUUAAUAAUAACCCCCAUGUCUUCCCAUCACCAUUUGAUCCAAAUCCAACGGCGCAAAUUGUUGUCCCUCGCGUUAUUACCUUCGACCCCACCACCCCCGUGAACCCCUCUAUAUAAUUCUCCCUCACCUCCUUCCACUCCCCCAAGCAACCCACAACUUCCUACAGUAUUUCUCUUUACUCUCUUUUUCCUUUUCGAUCCAAACCAAAUAAAUACUCCCUCCAUUCCUUUCUGUUGCUCGAAUACUUGAUUGUCGUGUAAAAAAUAAAUAAAUUAUUAUUAUUAUUUCCUCCGUUCUUUUUUAUUUUACUUAAUAGUCUAAUGGCGAAUAAUGAAAAAACCUUAAUAAUGUCAUCGGUUCAAAUUAUGUUAAUGUCAACCGGUGUCCUCUCCAUUGCAGUCCUUUUAUUUAUGUCCAUGCCAGCCAUUAUAAGCUCGGCCUCCGCCACCGCAACCGCUGAGCUACCGUCACUUAUCUCCACCUUCCGCUCGUGGUUCCGCCCUCCUUAUCUCUACUUUAUCAUCAACGCUAUCAUUUUAACCAUUGUCGCCACCUCCCGCCUCCACCACAACCACCAGGAGAACCACCAUGACGCGGUGGCUCCGGCGGCUGCUAAGGUUGCGAGCCAGCAACAUCAUGGUCAUAGCCAUCAUGACUUCAUCGCUGUUCGUGCUGAUCAGUUUGCACCGUACGGUGUCGUUUCGGUGGCGGAGGCUGUUGUUGAUAAUGUCGUUGGAGCUGGUUUUUACGACGACGUCGUUUCCAUGAAGGAUGUUGAGAGGGUGGUUGAGGAGGAGGAGAGAGAAAAAAGAGUUGUUGAAGAGGAGGUUAUGAGUAAGGGAAGAGAAGAUAUAUCUAAGGUUGUUGAGAGAUCCACGUGGACUCCUCCGCCUUCGUCGUCUCCAUCUUCGCCGUUAAGGAGGCAAGAGAAGUUUUCACCGGCGAUUUUCUCCGAGAAACCACCGGCUUCUUCGAGGUUCGGUCAUCAUCGGCGUCCUGCUAAGGCUAAACCCGCUCUUUCUGAAGGUGGAAAGUCAUUGAGAGUAUCCAAGCCAAAGAAACAUGAUACCCUAGAAAGCACUUGGAAGGCCAUAACCGAAGGACGACACAUUCCAUUAACAAGGCACCUUAAGAAGUCCGAUACAUGGGAGACUCAUGACCGCCAAAUCGACUUGCUCAACGAUGAAUCAUUUCCAAUGCCCGCGGUGGUGAAGAAAUCCGAGACGUUCCAUGAGCGUUCCGAUUACUUGCCACCACCACCACCACCACCGGUGACUGUUAACAAGUUGAGGAAAGAGCCAUCACUAGGUCAAGACGAGUUGAACCGUCGAGUUGAGGCGUUCAUUAACAAGUUCAAUGAAGAUAUGAGGUUGCAAAGGCAAGAGUCCAUGCAGCAGUUUAUGGAGAUGAUUAAUCGUGCUACUUAACAAUAAUAUUAAUCAAUAAUGCUAAUUAUUAUAAGAACUAAAAAAGAAAAAAAAAAACUUAAUUAGGUGAAUUGUAAUGUUGUUGUGUACAUUACUAAUCUUAUAGGGUUUGUAUUUUUAAUUUUUUUUCCCUUUUUUUCAUUUUUGUCAUUAAUUAAUUUUGCUAGUUAAAAGCUUAUUGCUGAUGAUCAUACUAUAAAGUCCAAAAAAAUGGAAAUGCAAUACAAGAUGCUAUAUACGUAGUAUAUGAUGUAAUCUUAGAAUUUUUUUUUCCCCC